UGUUGUGAAGAAGAGUCAAAGGUGGGAGCGUCAGGCGGAUCUGGACGUCAAGUUUUCUGGGCGAAUCGAGACAUAAUUAGCUUCGUCUUUUUAGAGAAUUACAAACAAAUUGUAUGAAAUCGCCGAAAACUUGUGUUAAGUUGAAAUAGGACUCUUCGUGGUGGCAAAAUGGAGGCCGUUCCCAAGAUGCCGAUGAUUUGGCUGGAGCUCAAGGAAGCGGGAGAGUUUCAGUUCAGUCCCACCGUCAGACAGUACAUUCAAAUAAACUAUGGUGAGAACCCAGAGAACUACAGUGAGGCUCUGAAGAGGCUGGAGCAACUUAGGCAGAGUGUGGUAAACAUCCCGAGGGAUUUUGAGGGUUGCAACACUCUUAGAAAAUACUGUGGUCAGCUGCACUUUCUGCAGAGUCGUGUUCCGAUGGCAUCCGGCCAGGAGGCUGCAGUGCCUGUGACAUGGACCGAUGGCUUUUCAGGGAGGAAUGUCACAUAUGAGGAUAUUAAUUAUGAACAGGCUUGUGUCCUGUAUAACCUGGGUGGAUUGCACUCACUGCUGGGAACUGUGGAUAACCGCCUGUCUGAAGAGGGGAUGAAAGUGUCCUGUACGCAUUUCCAGUGUUCUGCCGGGGCUUUCACUCACCUCAGAGACCAUUUUAAUCACAGCUACAGCUCUGACAUGAGCAGCCAGGCACUCUCAGUCAACAUCAGCCUCAUGCUGGCACAAGCUCAAGAGUGUCUCCUGGAGAAAACUUUACUAGACAACAGAAAGAGUCAUUUAAUAGCAAAGAUUUGUGCUCAGGUGUGUGAUUAUUAUAAGGAUUGUCUGAGGGUGUUGGAUAAUUCUGAAUGUGUGCCGGGAAGGAUUCAGAAAGAGUGGAGAAAGCUCGUCAACAUGAAGAUCAGCUACUUCAGUGCCAUCACACAUUUACACAUGGGAAAGCAGUCGGAGGAACAGCAGAAAUAUGGAGAAGCAGUCGCUUACUUUCAGUCCUCCCUGGACAAACUUAAUGAGGCAAUUAAGCAGAGUAAGGGCCAACCGGAAUCCGUACAGGAAGCUUUGAAAUUCACAAUGGACGUGAUUGGUGGAAAAUAUAACUCCGCUAAGAAAGACAAUGAUUUCAUUUACCAUGAGUCUGUGCCUGGUCUGGACACAUUGGCUGCAGUAAAAGGUGCAUCGUUGGUGAAACCCCUGCCUAUAAACCUAACUGAUCAAAGUGUCACCGGUCCUGACCUCUUCUCUAAACUUGUACCCAUGGCAACUCAUGAGGCCUCAUCCCUUUACAGUGAGGAAAAGGCAAAGUUACUUAGGGACAUUGUGGCUAAAAUAGAGGAUAAAAACCAAAUCCUUGAGAAAUUUAUGGAGUCUCUAAGCAGUGACUCUGUGUAUAAAAUAGACAUGUUUAAAUCUCUGCCUGACGUGCUGUUGGAAAAAUGUGCAUUUCUCAGUGUACGACCAGACAUUGUCAAGAACCUCGUUCAGGCCAUGCAAGCACUAUCUAAUGUUUACACCGAUGUGGGUUCAUCUCUGGAUGAGGUCCGUAGUGCCCUUGAGGAAGAUGAGGCUGGGGAGAAGAGUUUGAUGGAGGUAGUGGGGCAGAAGGGACUACCGACAAGGCCUGCAGUCUUUCAGGAUAUUCAAAAAGAGUUGAAGAAAUAUGAGGCUGCUCAUCAGGCAGCCAGCAACACUAACACCGAGCUCCAUAAUGCCAUGAACCAGCACAUACCAAACCUACGUCUGUUACAGGGAUCUAUUGAGGAACUCAGAAAGAGCCUGCCCCAGCCAGAACUCAGUCAAGAUGAAAUGUCAUCCCUGCAAAAGAUGAAGACUAUUCUUGGCAAAGUUGAUGAAAUGCGAAAGCAGAGGAUCUCAUUGGAGAGCCAGUUUCGUGACCUUAUUCAUAAAGAUGACAUCACUGGAGUCCUUGUAACCACAGAUCGUGCUGAGAUCAAGACAUUGUUUGCAGAGCAGUUGAAGAAAUAUGAUCAGCUGAAGGGAUAUAUAGAACAAAACUUGGUUGCCCAGGAUAACAUCCUGAAAGCCCUAACAGAAGCCAAUGUACAGUACGCCCCUGUCCGCAAGACACUCACGCUCACAGAGCAACAAUGGAACAGCACUGUGCAGGCCUUGAUUGCCUCAUUUGAGGCAUAUGAGGACUUGAUGAAGAAGGCUGAGGAGGGAAAAGACUUCUACCAGGAUCUGGACAAGAAGACCUCCCCCCUGUUGGACAAAACAAAGUCCUAUUGCCAAACCAGAGAGGGAGAGCGAGUUGCUUUGGUGGAAAAGGAGAUUGGAAAAGGGCAGCCUCCUAGACCUGCUGCCCAAAAGCCUGUGGUCGGCCAGAAAGUUGUUGGUCGUAGAUCUGGCCCCUCCAGUCUUCAGUCUGUAGGUCCUUCUGUUGCUUCUUUUGAAGAUCUCCCACAAGAACUACGAAGCCUCCCUCCAAAUCUGAAUUUGCCUCGAUUUCCAGUAGUUUCCAAUCCUAAUCCUCAUGGUGGAACUCCUGUUAGCUGGCUACAAGGGCCAAACCCUUUUCCACCAACUCAGUUUCCUAACCCCCAGUUUCCCACUACAGAUCCAAAGCUCAGGCAACAGUUGGCCCACCAUCUCCCACAGGUUCCUUAUGGCCAGCCCUCUGCACCUCUACAAAUCCCUGGGCCGUCACCACAGCAGUUCCAGGUAAGACCAGCUGGAGGCAUCACACCUGUCCAUCCACAGGUUAACCAAUCAACCACCCCACAGAUGCUUGCUCAAGGGUACAAUCCAGCUCUCUGGCAGCAAGGUGGGCCUAUUACAGGGGGUUAUUCUGUGCCUCCACAAAUGGGACAGAUUCCCCAAAAUUCCAUCAGGCCUGGUUUACCAGGACAACCGCAAGUAUCUUUGCCAAACUCUCAAGGGCAGCAGAUGCCGACUGGCAUGCCUCAGUAUUCCUCUGUCCAGCAGAUCAUACAGGGAGCACCAUGCCAAAACUUUACCACCCAGCCUAGACAAAGCAUCCCCUCAACCACACCAAGAAGUGCAUUUCCUGGGCAAAUCCUUCCACCCUUUCCACCUGGUCAAGUCCAGCCUCCAAUGCCAGGCCAAGCACAGCAACAGUCUGGCCUUCCCUCAGGUUACCGGCCAGCAUUGCUUCCACAUACCCAACCCCAGCUUGGUCCACCAGGCCAACUGACAGUGUCCCAUCCUCAGGGUGCCCUCAUUUCAGGGCAAGUUCAGCCUCAGUCCACUCUCUCCAAUCAGUUCCACCCCGGACAACUUCCACAAAACAGGCCUUAUAUGGGUUAUGCCGCCACACCCUUCCCAUCUUCACAACCGCAACAAAUUCCUGCACCCCACCAAGUACAUCCAGGGUCUCAUGUCUUACCACAGGCACCCUUGAGCCAAAAUUCCCAAGUUCCUUUUGGCCCUCGUCCACUCAGUCAAUCCCAAAUGCAACCAGGAGCUAUACCUCCACAAAGUAAUGUGUAUUCAUUUGCACCAACACACAUGGGCCAACAGACCAUUCCAUCUCAAUUCAACACCAUGUUUAAUGUGGCUCACUUGUCAUCAGGACAAGCAGUUGCCCCAGUGAUGGACAAUCCUGUUCCACCUUCACUUGGCAGCACCCUCAUACCGACUCCAUCACCUGUUCAGGUUUCCACAUCAAAUGCUGCACCACCAAGUUCUGACUCCACUGCAAUUCUGGAUUCUCUCCAGAACAAGGUGGAUAAUCUCUGCAUUCAGUCCCCAAACUAAUUCCCAUAAAAACAACUGUGCAUAUGCCGUCAAUGGUAGUCAGGAUACCAUGCAGAGCACAAUAAGAAACGACGACGGUCAACAGGGGGUGCCAAAAAAAGAUGACCUUGGUGAUUUGGAUCCGUUAUGGUCACAACACAAAAUCUGAUGCCUGAGCACACACUAAUACUUGCCUUCUCUACAUGGCCAGUACUAACACAAAAUUGCACUGUACUCUUAGUUCCUGUAAUUGCACACUAUGACUUAGCAAAUGUACUACAAGCAAAUGGAAAACUGCUUUUGCACUGUAAUUCUAUGCAAUCCUCUAAUAUUGUCUAGUUUCACUCUAUGCAUUUCUAUUCCUAAAUAGAACUUUAGUUUGCACUGUAAUGAGAAUGAUUAUAUUGAUGAUGAUGAUGAGGAAGAGUUGACUGGUUGUUUCUAUGUUAGGAUGUAUUUUCCACUAUUUCAGAAACAUUUUGAUACAAAAGCUAUUCUUGUUCUUGCAUAUAAUUUUGUGAUAAAGUAUAAACAGCUUUCUUUUAGCGCUGUAUGCACCGUAACACAAUUUUAAUAAUAAAAAGCUGCUUAAAUUUCCAAAUUAAACUAGUUGAAACUUCAAAAUGUGUUUACAUGUCUACCUUUAUAGAGAGUUGUGUUAUCAGCACUACGCACCUGGAUAUGCAGUUGUUCACUUAAAGCUUGGUCAAACUGUAUAAGGAACAUCUGGGAACAAGCUUCAGGUACUUUGUGUACUUAAGGUUUGUUCCCUAAGUCACAUCAGUGUUUUUUUGUGUAAUUUUUUUUUUUAAGUUCCUACUGUGAAAAGUGAAUUUUUGCUAGUCUGAGUCUUAAGUGUCCUCUUGAGCAGAUUCCCUAUGCAAGUUUUGCGCCAUGUAUUCGUACUAGCAUACAAAAUAUAACCAAUAUAACAGAUUAUAGUGCAUUAUACAAUAAACAUGCUGUUGUGUGCUAAUGUACCAUUGUUAAAUGCACCACUGCCCUAAUAUGGCCAUAUGAUGGCAGUGUGGUUGUGUUCUGUUUUAGGAUUGUCUGAUAUGAGUGUGUCCUUCUUUCUUUAUGGGUUACUGGAGCUGUCUCGAUUAAAUCAAUAUGCUUCAUUUGCUUCAGGCACAAAGAACCACAGAAUUACUACACGUACAUCCUGCAGUAAAUGUCUGUAAAUAAUAAAACAGGGAUGCUCAUGUUGAGGCAGGUCUUUUGGAGAGACUUCAAGUCUAUUACACAUUUUUCCUCUCUCUUUCAAACUGUACUCAUAGAGAGGAUGAUUAGGAGAAUAGGUCAGAAAGUGCACUCUGUGUAAUGGGUAGUGACUGGAAUCUAUUAUUGAACAGUAUUGAUGUAUCUCGUUGCAUGUAAACAUGAAAAUGGCUAACACAAUACAUGUUUGUUGCUAGUCGGAAAUCUUUUUGUCUUCGUAGUGAGCUCAAGAGCCCUUUACUCUUCCGAGACAGUCUUUUAUUUCAGAAGUCUGUGCAUGCCAUCCCUUGCUUUUGACUUGCUUUGAUGGAGUGAACGCUGGGAGAGCAACUGACCCAGUUUUUCUUUGUAAUAUGGUUUUGGCUUGAGCAGAAUAACACACUCUUAGCAUUGAAGUGUUUUGUCGAGGACUUGAUUAGAGAACAUGGUAUUAGUUUAGAUUAUCAGCAUACAUCCGUCAGUCUUCACAUGCACACUGCACGCGCAAGACAACUCUGAACUUAAAUUUUGAUAUGUCGUGUUUUGUAACAUCAACAUUUUAGGACAUUUUAAAAAUGUAUGUGUUUGAGCCUUCCUGAGUCCAAAUAAUUUUUUUUCCAAAAGAUAUUUCUCUCCCAAAACUAUUUCUCCAUUUUUUUUUCAAUACCAAAAACUUUGUUCUCUCUCUGCAAAUAAAAAAAAAAAAAAAAAAUCAAGAUGCAACACGAGAAAAAAAAAAAAAGAUGGUUAGCUAACAUUUAGUGGCACUAUUUUAAUAAGCAUGAAAUCUAAUGCCUAUUUCUGUUGAUUUCUUCUUGAAUAAUACAAGGUUUUACAAAUUGUUAAAUCAAGUUACAUAUAUACAUAUGCGUUACGUUUAUUUAUUUUUUUAAUUGUUGGUCUAUCUAAACCUCUCUUUUGUCAAGUAAAACAGUUUGUCUCUCUUGGGAGAGAGAAAAAAAGAAUUUUUUUUUGGAGAAAGAAUAAAUUCUUAGCAUGUAGGCUGAGCAAGGAACUAAACCCCCCCGCCUCCCCCAUCUCAUGUUGCCUUUUGACAGGGAAAAAAAAGAGAAAAGUUUUUCUGUCGAGAAAAAAAAAUGUUUAGUACUUGGGCUCAGGAAAAAUU